AUUAUUACUGAAGUUCUCUUUACUGAAAAGGGGCUAAAAGCAACGAUUAUGUGCUUCAAAUUCCCUGCAAAUCGGAACUCCCAAAGCUCAUUAGAAGAAAAUGUCUUUGAAUCUGUGAAGUACUGAAUGUUGCGGCAACACCGAUGGAACCUUCGGAUAUGAUUAUAGCUUAAAGGUGAAUCCAAGGUCCUUGUAACUACGUAUGGCGAUUUCUCACCAAACGACCAGUGCAUUCUACUUCUGCUACGCCGGCGGCGAUUCCGGCAGAGCCUAUUGCUGCAAUGCCGUGCCCUUCAGAUUCGGUUACUCCGUCAGGAGGAGACGUUUGGUAGUUGUGAGUCGCCGGAGGUUGUUAGCCACUGACCUCCGUGUCGGCGUUGCUGAAACCACGGCCGCCGACAGAAAUGACGGCGCUGCUUCGUCCUCAGUGGUCGUUCCUUCCAUCGAAAUCCCCGUCACUUGCUAUCAGAUUCUUGGUGUCUCUAAUAAAGCGGAGAAGGAUGAGAUUGUUAAGUCAGUGAUGCAUCUGAAAAAUGCUGAUGUUGAAGAGGGAUACACUAUGGAUGCUGUUAUUUCUCGCCAGAAUCUUUUGAUGGAUGUGAGAGAUAAGCUUCUUUUUGAGCCAGAAUAUGCUGGGAAUAUAAAAGAAAAGGUCCCACCAAGGCCUUUUAUUCGAAUACCCUGGGCUUGGUUGCCUGGUGCUCUUUGUCUGCUUCAAGAGGUUGGAGAAGAGAAGCUUGUGCUGGAUAUUGGACAAAAAGCCCUACAACAUCCAGACUCAAAGCCUUACAUCCACGAUUUGCUUUUAUCCAUGGCACUAGCUGAGUGUGCAAUUGCAAAACUUGGCUUUGAGAAGAACAAUAUUUCACAAGGUUUUGAAGCUCUUGCUCGUGCUCAGUGUCUUCUUAGGAGCAAAGUCUCUCUUGGGAAGAUGACAUUGUUGUCUCAGAUAGAGGAAUCCUUGGAAGAACUUGCACCGGCUUGCACUUUGGAAUUACUGGGCAUGCCUCAUAGACCUGAAAAUGCUGAACGAAGAUUAGGAGCCAUUUCUGCUUUGCGUGAAUUACUUAGACAGGGCCUUGAUGUAGAAUCUUCAUGCGAAGUUCAAGAUUGGCCGUGCUUUUUAAGUCAAGCUUUCAGUAGGCUCAUGGCUUCUGAGAUAGUAGAACUCCUUCAGUGGGAUAAUUUGGCUCUCACAAGGAAGAACAAAAAAUCACUUGAGUCGCAAAACCAAAGAGGUGUAAUUGAUUUUAAUGGUUUCUAUGUGGUUCUAAUGGCUCAUAUCGCUCUUGGCUUUUCCAGCAAGCAAACAGAUUUGAUUAACAGAGCAAAAAUUAUUUGUGAGUGUUUAAUUGCAUCAGAGGGUGUGAACUUAAAAUUUGAGGAAGCCUUUUGCUUAUUCCUUCUUGGGCAGGCUGAUGAGGCAACUGCUGCUGAAAGGCUUCGACAACUUGAGCAGAACUCUAAUGUGGGUUCAAGUGAAAUAAAUCCUAUUAAGGAAUUGGUUAAUGCUUCAAGCGAAAACAAAUCACUGGAAACAUGGCUUAAGGAUGCUGUGCUCAGUUUGUUUCCAGAUACACGAGACUGUUCCCCAUCUUUGGCAAACUUCUUUCGUGGUGAAAAGCGCACUCCUUUAUUUAAGGAAAAUAAAAGGGUUUCACAGACUUCAUCUCAUAUGAACCACAGACCAAUUGCGCCUGCCAUUUCGCAAGAUCGAAGAGCUUUAGGUGAAACUGUUCCAUGUGCUGACAGCUCACGACAUCUUGGGCAAGCUGUAAAACAGUUAGCUCCACCUAAUUUACAAGGCCCGAUGAUAGUGGACAAGGUCAAUGGUCCUACUAAUGGCACACCAUCUAUACAGUUGAAAAGAAAUUUGGGUGCACGUCGACAUGAAAUUCAGGAAAUUUUAAAUAGCAUCCUUGGGAAAAUAAUUGUUGUUGCUUGUUUUGGAUGCAUCCUCUUUGUCUCCUUUAAGAUAAUGAAUAUGGCAUCAUGGAGGGUGGGACACAGAACUAGAUGGAGGCUAAGCACACCAAGGGUGACAAGCUCUACUUCCUGGAUGACAGAUGGUUCUCAAAAUCCAAGAUCCAGACAUGCUAAAAGAAGCAGCAUUGCCAGAAAUUUGAAGAAGCUGCUUUCAAAUCUAAGAUUACCGGUCAUGCAGCACCAAGAAGAUACAGUUCUGGAAGGUAGUUGUCAUGCUGCUAGUCUGUCAUCUUCUAUGAAAGCAGCAUACAAGAUGGCAAUGCCUGCUGAAGAAGCUGAGAGCCUUGUUAAGAAAUGGCAAACUAUUAAAGCGGAGGCUCUUGGGCCUGAUCAUCAUGUUGAUGCCCUCUUUGAUGUUCUUGAUGAGUCAAUGCUUGUUCAGUGGCAAGGUUUGGCUGAUGCAGCGAAAGACAAAUCAUGCUUUUGGAGAUUUGUUUUGCUGCAAUUGUCAGUUCUGCGAGCAGACAUUUUAACAGAUGAGACUGGCAAGGAGAUAGCAGAGAUAGAGGCUCUCUUGGAAGAAGCAGCUGAACUUGUGGAUGAAUCACACCCCCCUACAAACCCCAACUACUACAGUUCUUACAAAAUCUCUUACCUCCUAAAGAGGCAAGAUGAUGGUACUUGGAGGUUUUGCGAAGGUGAUAUUCAGACUACAUAGUUUUCAACAUGGCAGUAUUAGAGCUGCUUUUUUCCUUUAUGUCCAUAUAACCUAAUCUUCCUGCUGCAUGCCUGUAUACUAUGAGAUUAUCAACCUGACAACAAACAUCAACCAGAAAGGUAGUGACUAGCUUCAUUUUUUUUUUUUUUUUUUUUUUUUUUUUUUUGGGUUCUUUAGUUUUCUCGUCUCUACAGCAUGUAAUGAGAACUAAUUAAAUUAUAGCAUGUUAUUAACCUCAUUUAUUCCCACUCUUCUAACAGUCCUAAUAUCAAUCUCAUUAUUGGUUUUAUAGUUAU